AUGGCUGUGGCGCAAAAAUAUUACGAUUUAUGCGCGAUAUUGUUUCCAAUAGCAAUGUAUAUGUUCGAUGAUACUAAACGAAAAAAAAUUGAAGGAUUUGUUUGGACUAAUAAUGAACGACAAAUUCUUCAAUUCCAUCAGCAAAAAUUGUUACUAUUAUGGUGCACAUCAACGGCAGCAAUAUUUAUAGCAAUGUUAUUAAUUAUACCAUUUUUUUUCAAAUUUAAAAAAGCAAAAACAAAUGAAGAGCGAACAUUUCGCUUACUGAUAAUGUAUACAUUGGCAGUUGUAUUUAUUAUUAUUGUAUCAUUAAAUGGUAUAGCAAUGAUAUGGCUUUAUAUUACGGCACCAGCUGAUAAUAAAUUAUUUUAUGAAUUAUUUGAUAAAUCGGUUAAAGAGGAAAUAUUUUUAACUCAAAUUGAAAAAGGACUUGAUUGCAUCUCAGAUGAUGAUAAAGAACUUGAUCCAACUGUUGAAUGUGAUAAUACUAUCAAUCGAUCAGUAAUCAGUCGGAAAUGGCUAAAACCGUUGUUGAUUGUUUGGAUUGUUGGUCAUGUAAUUGCAUUGUUUUUAUUUGGAUUCGUUAAUAAAGAUUUUAAAAGCGAUGAAAACGAUGGCAAUUUGAGGAAUGUAGCAGCGAAAGAGAAGCUAAUAGGAUGA